AUGAGGGUCACCAUUGCAACAAGGGCAUGUGAGUUCAGCAUUGAAGUGGGUCUGCAAGAAACCAUUCUUGAAAUCAAACAGAAAGUAGAACAGUUGUUAGGAGUCCCAGUGGCCUCACAGGCUCUCAGUGUGUCCGGGUGGGAGUUGGUCGAUGGACUCGACCUGGAAGAUUAUCCAAUUGUCAGCGAGGGCACCAGAAUAGACCUCGCGAUGAAAUGGACACAACCCUGUAUGGAAGAUCGCAGUAAGAUUCAGAUCGUCGCCAAAUUCUCUUCGAAACAGAUCAAUAUAGAGGUGAACAGUGAUGAAACUGUUCGGAGCCUGAAAGAGAAAAUCCAUAUAGUUGAUGGCACCCCUAUCAAGAGAAUGAAUCUAUACUUCUCUGGGAUGGAAUUGGAAGAUUCUCGCAAUUUAAGCGAGUAUGGGAUCUCUGAAUGCUCAGAAAUCGUAGUGUACCUUAGAACCAUGACCCAGAUGGUGGCUGACCCUCCCUCAAAAAAACUAAGCCUGGUGGUGCAGACCUCCUCUAGCUUGCUUAAUGCAGCAAGAAUUCCAUUGGAGAUGAAGGAUUCCAGCACUAUUGGUGAGAUUAGGCAACUCCUGCUCAUCAGGAACAUCCUUCCCGUCGAUGACUAUAUAUUUAUCCACAAACAACGGAUCAUGAGGGACAACUGUAGCCUACGUUGGCACGGAGUCGAUGAUGGAGAUUACCUCUAUGUGUUUAAAGGUACUACCAGUCGGGGAGAAUGUUGA